UCACCGGGAAAAAUGCCCCGAGAGAAAUCAAAGACAAAGAAGUAAUCAGAGCUGAAUCAGAGGAAGAAAGAAGAAUCAUUAGUCUCGUCUUCGUUCGCACGUCGAAAUCACCAAAGACCUUAGAAAGAUCCGUUUCAACUAGACUUCAUUUUACUCCACUUUUCUGAAUCUCCUCAGCAAAAACAAAAAAAAAAACAAAAAACAAAAAAAAAAAUAUAGCUCUUAAGAUUUCUCGAUUCAGCUUCCUAAUCUCGCAUCUGAGAGAAGUGUUGGAUUUGGUGUUUGCUUUCGGACAAAGCUAAAGAGAGUUGAGAAUCUUUGAAUAAUGUCGGGAAGUUCGGCUUCUGCCGCCGGUCUCCGAGGAUUUUCAGUGUUUUGAGAAGAAGGCAGAAAAGAGAGAGAGAGAAAUGAGGAUAAUGAAGAACAACAAAUACAAUAAGAAACCAACAUCUUUGCAUUGCAAUGAUGCAGGAGGUGGUUGCAGAUAUUCAUUGCUUACUAUUAUUAUAUGGACCGUCGUUGGCUUUUUCCUGGUGGUUCAUCUUGUCUCGCUCUAUAGCAGAAAAGAUAACAACAUUCAUGACGACGUUUCUUCUUCUGAUCAGUUACAAGUAGUACAUCAGCAUCAGCAUCAACAUCUUCAUCUUCAUCAUCCUGUCGUUCAUCAACUUGUAAGAGUUGAAGAAGAGAUCCUGAGAAUGCCGCCACCUAGGAAGCGUUCUCCUCGUACUAGCAAACGGAGAUCAAGAAAACCGAUACCUCUGGUUGAGGAGUUUCUUGACGACAAGUCACCAAUUCGCCAUCUCUUCUUUCCCGGUCUGAAAACUGCUGCUUUUGGUCCAACCAAGGAUAUGGGAAACGAGACUUCGUAUUACUUCCCCGGUAAAAUUUGGAUGGACACGGAAGGGAAUCCAAUUCAAGCCCAUGGUGGAGGGAUUCUGCUUGACGAGAAAUCUAACACAUACUAUUGGUAUGGAGAAUAUAAAGAUGGACCAACUUACCAUGCUCACAAGAGAGGACCAGCUAGAGUUGAUAUUAUAGGGGUUGGUUGUUACUCUUCAAAAGACUUAUGGACAUGGAAAAAUGAAGGCAUUGUACUCGGAGCUGAAGAAACAAACAAGACCCAUGAUUUGCACAAAUCCAAUGUUCUUGAGCGACCCAAAGUGAUCUACAGUGAAAAGACACAAAAGUAUGUGAUGUGGAUGCAUAUCGACGAUGCAAACUACACUAAAGCUUCAGUUGGUGUUGCCAUUAGCGAUAACCCGACAGGUCCUUUCGAGUAUCUAUACAGUAAACGUCCACACGGGUUUGACAGUCGGGAUAUGACUGUCUUCAAAGACGAUGAUGGUGUUGCUUACCUAAUAUAUUCGUCUGAAGUCAAUAGCGUGCUUCAUAUCGGACCCUUAACGGAAGAUUACCUUGAUGUGACGCCGGUUAUGAAAAGAGUAAUGGUGGGACAACACAGGGAAGCUCCAUCUAUCUUUAAGCAUCAGAAAGUUUAUUACAUGGUCACUUCUUGGUGCACUGGCUGGGCACCUAAUGAAGCCUUGGCUCAUGCGGCUGAAUCAAUCAUGGGUCCAUGGGAGAAACUGGGGAAUCCAUGUAUUGGUGGUAACAAAGUUUUCCGGUUAACAACAUUCUUUGCGCAGAGCACCUAUGUGAUUCCGUUACCGGGUGUUCCCGGUGCGUUUAUAUUCAUGGCAGAUAGAUGGAACCCAGCUGAUUUACGGGAUUCGAGAUAUGUAUGGUUACCGUUGGUUAUCGGUGGACCUGCUGACCAGCCUUUGGAGUACAAUUUUGGAUUCCCAAUGUGGUCCAGAGUAUCUAUCUACUGGCACAGUAAAUGGCGGCUGCCUUAAAGAUAUACCUGUAACCAUAUAUGUUCUUACCGAUCUCUCUGUGCUGAUCAUUGUUGUUGAUUUAUUUUGUAGAUUAGGCAUUCAUACACAAGUGUAAGGAUU